AUGCAUCAAGCACAGAGAGGUGACACGGACUUUGUUCACCCAGUGAAGGAUGGUCACCGGGAAAAUAUAAACAAUGUGUACGCCGACCAGUAUAAAAAGUUAGCCGCUCCUACACUGAGAGUUGCAAGCACCUCGGCUCGCUUCUCCAGGGCGAAGAAUCGCGAGAACUCCAGAGAGAAAGCCUCCACGUUAUACGCGGACCAAGGCAGCUAUGAAGUUAUUGCGGUAGCCGUUGUAUUUGCCCUGGUGACAAGAGGAGUUCUUGCUGAGGAGGAUCCCAAGAAGAACGUGGUCAACAAGUUGGAGCUUCCCAAGAAGGACGUUGUCAACAAGUUGGAGCUUCCCAAGAAGGAGGAUGGUCCCAAGAAAGACAAGGACAUCGAAGGACGUGGAGGCUAUUAUGGUGGCGGUCACGGUUACGGUGGUGCCUAUGGUGCUGGAGUGGGUGGUUAUGGCGUGCCUGGUCUCGCUGUUCCCGGCGUCGUAGGCACUAAGCUCGGUGGAGCCGCUGGUGGUCACGGUUAUGGAGGCGGCGUCGGCUAUGGUGGUCACGGUUAUGGAGGUGGUGCAGGCUAUGGCGGAGGCUACCAGUCUAGCCACGGCAGUUCUUCAGGCGGCUAUCAUGGAGGCUACCAGGGCGGUGCUGGCGGCUACAACCACGGAUCGUCUGGUUUCUCCGGUGGCUCCUCCCACAAGAAUGUCAACGCUUACAACAAGAACCAAGGCUACAGUCACAGCUCGGGAUUCUCGUCAAGCAGCGGGAACACCUACGGUACUGGACACCAGCAAGCAGCGUCCGGGUUUGGUGUCGCUGGUUCCGGGCACAAAGGUGGCUACGGGCAGUCUUCCUAUGGCCACAGUGUCGGUGUCGGCUAUGGAGGAGGCCUCGUUGGCGGUGGAUACCAUGGCUAA